AUGUACACCGCCAGACGCGCUCCCUUCUUCCUUGCCUUCUUCUCCCCACCACCGCCGCAUAUUAACUACAGCUUCUUCAACAUCGAUAGAAAGCCUCCGCCGUUGCGACGUGAAUCGAACGCCGCCUUUUUUUCUUCCUUGUCGACGUUCACCUACUCCUGCUCCUCCUCGCCGUUGCCGAGCAGUCGCAAUUUUUUUGGCGGGAGGUGGACGGACUAA